CGCGCGUAGUGAGGCGCAGGAAACUAGCGUCGUUUCAUGCUACACGCGAAAACUUUUGCUAAUUAUGGUGCUGUUGCACGUGCUGUUUGAGCACGCGGCGGGCUAUGCCCUCUUCGCGGUCAAAGAGGUGGAGGAGAUUGGCAUGCUGCUCCCGCAGGUGGAGGAAAGUGUGCUCAACAUCGGGAAGUUCAACAACAUGGUGAACCUAUCUGCGUUUUUCCCCUUCAAGUCAGCCCAGGCGGCCCUGGAGAACAUCAAUGCCAUCUCCGAAGGAGUUGUGCAUGCAGACCUGAAGUUGUUCCUUGAGACAAAUCUGCCCCCCGGUGGUAAGAAGAAGAAAGCAGUGUUAGGGGUGUGUGAUGCAAAGAUUGGAGCGGCACUGCAGGAGGAGCUGGGGAUCUCCUGUCAGACGGGGGGUGUUGUGGCAGAGAUUAUCAGAGGUGUGCGUCUGCACUUUCACUCCCUCGUCAAGGGGCUGACCGCCCAGGCUGCGUCCAAGGCCCAGCUGGGUCUGGGCCACAGCUACUCCAGGGCAAAGGUCAAGUUCAACGUGAACCGGGCCGACAACAUGAUCAUCCAGUCCAUCGCCCUGCUGGACCAGCUGGACAAGGACAUCAACACCUUCUCCAUGCGUGUGCGUGAGUGGUACGGGUACCACUUCCCCGAGCUGGUGAAGAUCGUGAGCGAGAACUCCAUGUACUGCCGUGUGGCCCGGCUGAUCGGGAACAGGAAGGAGCUGAGCGAGGAGAAGCUGGAGGCCCUGGAGGAGGUGGUGAUGGACAGCGCCAAGGCCCAGGCCAUCCUGGAGGCGUCCCGCAGCUCUAUGGGGAUGGAUAUUUCCCCGAUCGACCUGAUCAACAUCGAGAGCUUCUCCAGCAGAGUGAUCUCCCUUGCGGAGUACCGGCAGGAGCUGCAGGAGUACCUGCGCUCCAAGAUGGGCCAGGUGGCCCCCAACCUGGCCGCCCUCAUCGGGGAAGUGGUCGGGGCACGUCUCAUCUCCCACGCCGGGAGCCUGACCAACCUGGCCAAGUACCCAGCGUCUACGGUGCAGAUCCUGGGAGCAGAGAAGGCCUUGUUCAGAGCCCUGAAGACUCGAGGGAACACCCCCAAAUACGGCCUGAUCUUCCACUCCACCUUCAUUGGCCGCGCCGCUGCCAAGAACAAGGGCCGCAUCUCCCGCUACCUGGCCAACAAGUGCACCAUCGCCUCGCGCAUCGACUGCUUCUCAGAGGUGCCCACCAGUGUUUUCGGGGAUAAGCUGCGUGACCAGGUGGAGGAGCGCCUGUCCUUCUACGAGACGGGCGAGGCGCCACGCAAGAACCUGGACGUCAUGAAGGAGGCCGUGACUGAGGCUGCGCAGGUGGCAGCGGAGAUCAAGAGGAAGCUGGAGAAGAAGGAGAAGAAACGAAAGAAGCGCGAGAAGAGGAAGCUGGAGGCCCUCUCCACGGCCGAGGAAGAGGAGGAGGGCGAGGUGAAGAAGGCCAAGGUGGCCGAAGAGGAGACUGGGGAGAACGGAGAAACAGAAACACCCGUGAAGAAGAAGAAAAAGAAGAAGAAGCAGGCUGAGGAGGAAGAGGAGAGCCAGGGUGAGGACAAGACCAGCAGCCAGGAGAACGGAAUGCCGGAAGAGACAGAAACCCCUGUGAAGAAGAAGAAGAAGAAGAGGAAGCAGCCUGAGGAGGGGGAGGGGCAGAAGGAGGGAGAGGUAACGACGGAAGAAGAAGCGGUGGAGGAAGCAACGCUCGCAGAGAACGGUUUGGAGGACACGACCCCGGCCAAGAAGAAGAAGAAGAAGAGAAAGAGCGAGGUGGUGGAGGCGGAGGCGGAGGCAGAGGCAGAGGUAGAGGAGGAGCCUCCCCAGGUGGAGAAGAAGAAGAAAAAGAAGAAGAACAAAGAGGCGGAGGAGGUGGCCGGCGAGUAGAGAACAGCGUCCUGUGGAGCGGACUUUUUGUACUGGACAGUAUUUUAUACUCCUGUCAACUGAUAUGAAAGCCUGUGAUGUGUAUCUGUCUUGCUCGCUUAUGAAAAAAUGAAGCGUCAUUCAACAUCUUUAUUAAAGUUUUGCGAACUGGCUUUUAGAUUACGCCCCACUCCCACCCCACCCCCAUCAUUUACCUGUUCGAAAAAAGCUCUUUCAAGUGGUAGUCAGUCGAAAAUCCUGCUUAUGUGAAACGGUCUCAAAGCACCUUACGUGGUCUGUGAAGGCUGGAGUGUCCAGUCACACACAGCUUUGUGCCUUGGAGUUAGCUCAGCGUUGCGCUUCGCACCCAUUCAGUGCUGAAGCUCUGAAGCAGCUGCUGCAGUGUUAAUUCAUAACCAUGUCCUCAUGAUCAGUGAUUCUGUGUCACUCUGCAUGUAUUUCAUGUUAUUUUCAUACAUCUACAGCCCCUGUUUUCACCCUUUUGUGCAAAUGAGAGUAAAUGUGUGGUGUUGGAGAGGUCAGGUAUGAGCUGCAGCCAUUAAAGAUGGAUUUGUAAAUAUUAACUCAUUGUGACCUUGGUGAUAGUUGAGACCCUGCCACACUUAAAGUGACUUUUAGUAUGUUACAGUUAAUCAGUGCUUGAAAUCAUGGAUGUCAGUUAUUUUAAUGCCAUUGAAAUAAUUUCAUGUAGUGUAUGUAUCCAUGUCACAACUUUGACAGCAAGUCGUACUCAUAGCAUUACUCGAGACACCGAAAUGUUGGUUGAUUAUUUAGCGUAUGUAGAUGAAGCAAAAAAUGAUCUUUUCUAAUAAAAGUUCUCCUUUGGAUUAAUGUCUCCUGAGUUGGAAGUGAGCAGCUAGAUUUGCAUGUGUGUGCGUAUUUUGUGCCAUUACCGAACUGUAAACUUAGGAUCACUAUGUGGGGGAGCACUUUGUGAAGGUUCCUACAUAGCCAAGCAAGGAGUCAAUUUUGCACUAACACAAGGAGUUUAGUUUUUCUCUAACAGUUACUAGUGGAAUUAGCUGAGGGAGCAGAGACUUCUCAGUGUUUAAGACCAAGUUUGACACAAUGCCAGAUUACACUGUAAACUGUAGGUAAAAUGAUGAGCCUCAAAGGGCUAAAUGGCCUAUUCUCAUCACUGAAUUAUUGCUCUUGUAAGACCUGCAUAAUGCAUUUGUAAGCAAUACAUUAACAUGCAUAUAUACUUAUUCCAACUGAAAUAAACUAACACAACAUGGUGAUGUUUCACACUCUGAUUAUGUCAGGAUGAUGUAAGUUUUCAGUUAGCAAUAGGAUCAAUGGAUGUGCGUGUGCAAUGCUUAUGAAUUUGUCAUGUAGGGCCUACGGCAGGUUUAUGCAGUUAUCUAGCACCCUUCACUCUAAGUGUUUCUCCACAUAGUUCACAUGGUAUAGUCACUGGAGGGAUGCAGGAAUAUGCUUUCAUGUAACUGGUGACCUACCGCUCAAACUGCAUUUCAGGAUUUACAUGCAUUGAGCUUGAAAGGUGGUCCUAAACCCAGGUGGUGACUUGAGUCUACCGUAGGGGUCAUUUAUGGAUAGGAAGAAGUGUACAAGAUUUGUCAAGAUAAAGGUGCCAUUUAACAUUUCUUUUGACCAAUGCAUUAUACACUACAGACCGUUUCUGGAAUCAGCUAGGAUCAGGCGUUUGCUUUUUGCUACUGUUAAGUGUAAAUAAUGCUACAUUGGCAGGAGGUGAAGGUCAGCUGUCAAACCAGUUUGAAAAGUUCUGCUGAUAUUCCUCCACUUUUGCUUAUGUGGAAGCAUCUGUCAAUGCCAUAUUUUUUA